CAUCUUAAGGCUGCUACUAGAUAUAUAUAUUCUACCCUCCUCUAGAUUUCAAUUGUGUAACUAGCUAGUUAGGAUGAAGUUCAUGAGUAGCUUCCAGUGCUUGAUGGGGGGGAACGUGGUGCAAUUUCAAGGCUCCUCCUCCUCCUCCUCCUCCUCGGUAUCACAUUCACAGUCAACCUUAGAUGAUAAAAAGAAUACUGUGACCAAGAAGAGGAAGGCAAAGGCAAAGAAAAAGAAGCAGGAUCGUAAAGUAAUCAAGGUGUUCAAACCAGACGGGGAAAUUAAUCUGUACCACAAGCCCAUCAAGGUCUCAGAGGUGAUGACUGAGGAAUGCAUGGUCUGCAGAUCGGAUUCAUUUUACAUAGGACAGAAGAUUCCGCCACUCGCCCAACACGACCGCCUCCAGCCGGGCCACACCUACUUCCUCCUCCCGGCUCAUCUCUUUCAUUCCGUCCUCUCGUUUGUCACUAUCGCCUCCUUUACUGCAGUACAACAGCAACAAGACACUACUGCUGCUGACAAUAUGAAGAUGAAAGCCGCCUUUUUGAAGAAGGCUGCAGCAAGCUCAUGCUCCCCGUUUGAUAUCCAGAAGACCCCAUCUGGGACUCUCAGGAUUCGGGUAUCAGAGCUAUUUAUAUCACAGCUCAUGAUGGACCAAGCUGCUGCUGCUGCUGCUGGUUCUAAGGAUUUGAUUGGUCUAGAAGAAACUAAUUCUUUACUGUGCACCACUCCCCAGUUGCAUAGAGAUUACAAGCAGCUGGUGGUUGGAUCACGGAGGGCUUGGAAACCGAAGCUGGAGAUGAUCAAAGAGACUCCGCUUAAAGGUAAAAGGAAGGUCAAAAUGUUACUCUCGGCGUCCAUCAAUCGUAUGAAGAGAAAAAUCAAUAAAAACCCUCAAAUAUCAUCAUCGUCGGCUUCUCCCCUUAAGAAGAGGAAAAAGAAGAUCAAGACCAAGAAAAGUAUCAAGCUGGCCUCUAACAAGACCACAUCCGGAAACCCGAAUUAGCUACAUCCUUUUUAAUAAAAUUACUUGUUAGUUUGAUAGUUUCUGUACAUUCGUUUUUGUAGCUGUCCUCAUAUGAAAGAUGGAUUGUAUAAUACCGUAGUAAUUCGAUCAACUAGUCAAUAACAAUACCAUACAUACAUAGGUCACUUCUUUUACACAUUUUCUUGUAAACAAAAUAUCAAAAGAAUUGUUGGAAUAGUCAUUUGUCAUAU